CAUGGCCCCACGAACGAAACGGACCAAGCAAGUCAAGCGCAAAGCACCCGGUGCCAAGGCAAGCGAACCAGCGACGCCACCGUCGGUCAAGACCGUCGCGUACGACGAAGAUGGCGUCAACACGCUGUUUGAAGCGAUGAGCGUCGUCGCGGUCCGAUGUGACGACGACGAGCACGGCGAGCGCUUCUGGAUCGCGCAGCUCCUCGACGACACGAUCGAGGACAUGCUGGACGAUGCGUCUGCUCAUGUGAAUGUGCUCUACUUUGAUAAGGUCGUGGCCGACAACAUGUACCACGUCGGCAACUACGACGCGAUCCCAGUCCAGGCCAUCAUGUGCGAGAUUCAACUGGACGAGCCGUCACCGGGCGAGUUCAAGCUACCCAAACGACACUUGGAGCGCAUUCAAAGCAUUCUGGCCAAGGUCGAUGCGGGGGAGCAGGUCCCGGACGAGAUGUUGCAGCCGCUCAAGAAGCGCAGGACGGCGUUCGCGGCGGCGGAAGCGACAACAAAACCCACAUCGACUCCCACGGCGACGGCUGCUGCAAUCAAGACGGACAAAUGGUCGGGGCUGCCAAAACGAAUCGUCCAAGUGCGCGACGCGGAGAAUUUCACCGACGAUGCCAUGACUGGAAACCACGCGUUCCGGUCCAAGUGCAGCGAUGUCGUAUCAAGCGCCAAGGAACUCAUCCGCGCUGUCCUGGUCGGCGACCACCACUUGCUUGAAAGUGUGGUCCAGAAACCUGCGCUGCACCGACACAUGCACACGUUCUUUGUCACGCGCAGUGCGGGGGUCCCCAAAACCGCCUUGCAUUACGCUAUCGAACGGGCAGACCUGAAGGUUUGUGCGUUGCCAUAUCUUCUAAAGUUGCUCAUCGUGGGUCCAGGCGAUUUCCGCGCUCGUGGCCGCGGCCAAGGUCGACAAGGCCAAGUUUGCGAAAAAGCCCGUGUGCGCGCUGGUAACGCUGGAUACGGGCAAGCACACGAGCUCCUUUAGCGAUUACAAUCGGCGUGCAUUGAAUGCGAGUCGCGGCGGCAAAGAAGGCAACAACGCGUUGCUAAAGGACGAAACGGGCUCUGUCGCGCCUCUCAUCACGACCCGUGGCAUCGACAGCAACUUGGAGCGGUUUUUGUGGGAAAAUCCAACGACGACGUAUGAAAUGAUCAUGCUGAUCUACCCCGGCGAUUCGUGGGUCCAACAUUCGGCGACGCACAUCCCGUGUCUCGCUCGAAGCGGCAACUACGUCUUGCUGAGCAAACUCGUCGCGAUUCUGGUCGCACGUGGCGGAUGGGGCUACAACAACUUGCACAGCCAAGUGCUUGGGUCGCCACCCCUCGAGCCGUUCAAGAAGGUGUCCGUGUUGAAGAAAGGCAGUCAGCAUGCGAUCCGGCCGUUGCAUUUUGCCGCCAUCAACCCGAAUCCAGCGCAUUUGGAAACGUUGAUGGCCGAGCUGGACCAGGUUGGACUUGGUCAAGUAGACGCUGGCAACUGGGCUACCAUUCAUUACGCUGCCGCGUGUCAAGGGUCGGAGCCGUUGAAGCGGCUCUUGCAGGCAGGAGUUGACGUAUCGCUGCGGACAAAAUCCAAGGACACGCCGCUGACGAUUGCAGCAAGACUCGGGCGCCUCGACAACGUCAAGUUGCUUCUAGAGCAUUCUGCCACGGAUGUGGCGGCGGCGGUGGAAUCGGCCGCGUGGCUUGGCUUCCGACCGCUUCACUACGCCGCCCAGAACGGCCACGACCAAGUGGUCAUGUUUUUGUUGGCAAAGGGAGCCAAUGCCAACGCGGGCACGUCAGGGAAGGAGUCGCCGCUGGCGCUCGCGGCCGAGGCUGGUCAUCUCAACUGCGUCCAAGCGCUGCUCCAACACAAAGGAAUCGCCGUGGAUGUCUUCAACAAAGUUCGCCGAACGCCGCUCAUGGUCGCCGUCAUGAACGGGCAUGUCCAAGUCGCCGUGGCGCUUCUAAAUGCCGGUGCCAAUGCAAAUGCCGUCGAUACGUCGUUAAACAGCGUGAUGCACUAUGCCGCGGGGUAUGGGUGGCUGUCGUGCGUCAAGUUGCUUGUGGCGGUCGACGCUGCGGCGUGGUUUCGCAAUGCGUGGGGGUAUUCGCCCAUGGCCGUCGCCGCGUUGAAAGGUCGGUACGACGUGUCGCGCUAUUUGGUCGCGAUCGCCCCGGCCCACGAGCACGCAAUCGAUUUUCGCGAUGCGAAUGGAGCGACCAUGUUGUUUCUCCAGUGCAAGCUGGCGGAGACCAUCGACGAGAUCGAGUUUCUACUUGCGAACGGAGCGAGUCCCAACGUGCCCACGUCAGCGUUUGAGUUUCCCCUCCAGCAAGUGCUGCAGCGACUGCCGAACGACGAACUCGAUUCUUUCCUCGUCUCGAUUGGGACCCUCCUCAUCAAACACAAGGCGCAUAUCACGCACGACGACAUGCGCCACGUUGGGCAGCCGCUGGCCCUUGCCAUGGCCAAGAAGCACCGUCGAUUCUUCGACCAGUUCCUUCCACACAGCGACUUGACUGCGCUGGGACCGAACGGUCAAAACCUGUGGAUGGAAGCCGUGCACCACGAUCCGGAAUACUUGACCGCGAUGGUCGAGACCGCGCCCUCUUUUCCCAUUGUGCAAGACAUGAAUGCGAACAACUGGUUCCACUACCUCGUGGACGUCGCGGCGACGGCCCAUUCGAUUGAAACGAUUCAAGCCAUCGUGAAGAAAUUGACAAAGGCCGAGAUGGCCGCCGCGAUGAGCGAUGUCAACGCGGACGGAUUCACGCCACUGAUGGCUCUUGUCCAGCACGAACGACCGACCAAAGCCGGAGUCGACUACGUGGCAGACGAUCGACGAUAUUGUGCACUCCUUCGGUUGUACUUGCAACACUCGGUCAACGUCGAGUCCGUCGUCACCUUCGGGAAGGUCGACCCAUGCGAUCGUGCCAAACGCCUCACAUCGUCCAACGAAACAGUGCUGCAUCUGGCCGCCGCACGCCGCCUCUCACCUUCGACCGGAUGGAAGGGCGACGACGUGCUGCACAUCGUGCUUGAAUGUGGACCGAAGUGGACAAAAUCGACGGUAAAUGUCGUAUCGGUCUCGAAGAAGUCAGCGCUUCUCCUGGCGAGCGAAAACGGACAUGCGCUUGGCGUCCAAGCUCUGCUGAAGAAGCACGCGGACCCCAAUUUUUACUUGUCUGACAAGGCAAACAACAUCGAGGGCGUGACGCCGUUGUUUGCAGCCGUGUCGAAUGGCCACACCGAAAUUGCCAGGUUAUUGCUGGAGCAUGGAGCAAACCCUUCGUUCACGGAAGGCGAAGGACUCCAAACGCCUCUCCAUGUCGCAUUGCAGCGCAAUGACGCAGCCAUCACGGAAGUCCUGCUCACCCAUGGCGCGGACGUGUGCGCGUUGAACCAGGCUGGGCUGUCGGCACUCAGCAGCGCGAUUUUGCAAGGGUUCUCUGUCACCAAGGCUGACUUGCAUGAGAACGAAGUCCACUUUGGCUUGGCGUACAACACGCGUGCCAAGGACGGGUGGGACUUUUUAUGUGUUGAAGACCGUGUGAGUAAGGCCAAGGUCGUGGAUGGCUCGGCCAAACAACAAGGAAACGAAGCGAGCCAUGCAUCCAAGUCCCCGAGGAAGGCCACCGGCAAACGCGUCAACGAUGACGACAAUGGCCCCGACAAAGAAAACGCAUCCACAACGUCCACUGCACAAGCCGACAUGGUAGAGACGCCCGAGACUGCGUCAAGACUGCGGAAACGAUCGGCGAUAUCGGUGUUACUACAGCACUCGAGCUCGGCUCCUGCGAUUGGUCUCGGCGACACACGGGGCCGAACACCGCUGCACUUUGCAUGUGCGAAUCGAGAUGUUCAUCUUCUUCGCGCGCUGCUCUUGCUGUCCAAAGCUGCCAUCAACGCGCCGGACCAUUUGAAACGAACGCCGCUGCACUUUGCUGUGAAUGCCGCCGUGAUGACGCCGGACGCGACCUUCGACGUCGAAAGCGUCCUCUUGUUGCAUGGCGCCAACGUGAAUGCUGUCGACUCGUUUGGCUUUUCCGCGCUCCAUUUCGCCUUGCAAAAGGUCAACUUGGACUGGCAUACCGACAACCCGACGAAAUCCGCCGACGACUUCAAGCGGUACAUGGAGAUUGUGCCCGCGCCAACAACAGACCCGAUCGAGACGGUCGGAAACCUCACUCUUGUCGACGGCAUCCAAGUCGACGGCCAAGAUUUGCUCGGGCGCUCGUGUUUGCAUUUGGGGGCUGCGACGGGCGCCGUCGUGAGCACACUCCGCAUGCUUCAAAUGGCGCCACCAUCGUUGCUGGAAGUAGUCAACCACCGCGGGGACACGGCCCUCGGCAUCGCCAUGAAGUAUGGCCGGAAAGAAGUUGUGACCAACCUCAUCCAACACGGGGCGAACAUUCACGUCCAGUUCACUCAAGACCGUUCCCGCUUCGGCUUGUACUGCUACGCCGUUGGAAGAAAGUGGCAAGGCGUGUGCCACAUGCUCCUCAAUGCAGGGUACUGCCGGCGCCAAGCUGUCGAGGAUUCCAUUCGCAGCCACGGAUUUCAAUUGACUCAAAACCUCAUCACGGGCCUCUUGAACACCAAGGACAGGACGUUGACCCAAACCAACGCCGACGGACAAACGCUGCUGCAUGUCCUCGCCCAGCAGGCCGUCGAGUUUGAAGGCAUCGUGCGAACCAUUGCGUGGCAGCUCGUCGAUGCCGGCGUGUCGGUGUCGGAGUCUACUGCCCGUGGGGAGACGGCACUGCAUUUUGCCGCCGUCCACGGCAAUUUGAACUUGAUGCGAUUUCUCCUGCAUUUGGACGCCAAGUUGGCGCACCAACUGACACACGCAAACGAGUCCCCGCUCGUGUAUGCGUUCAAGAACGUCAAAACUCCCACGAAACAUGCUUCCCCCGACUUUUCCACUGUCGUUCGAUCGCUGGUUUUCCUUGGCCGGGUCGGUGCCAACGUCGACCAGGCGGACGCAGACGGACAGACUGUAUUGACCCUACUCCUCGAUCGGUUCUUUGCCCGGCCGACGACGGAUUCGUCGCAACUCGAAUUGCUCGACUUGGUCGACUACCUCCUGUCGACGUGCCGUGUGUCGCCGAACGGACGCUACACGACCGGCCUGCCCAUUGUGUGCUCGCCGCAGACCACGGACGUCGUGACGUCGGUGACACCGCUGAUUCGCGCCGUGCACAUUCCAUCCGUGUACUUGCGGGAGCAUACGUUGGCCAUGCUGCUCCACCACGGCGCAAAGAUCCAAGACACAGACAGCCAGGGCAACACGGUGCUGAUGCACGCGAUCGUGCGCAACCACCUGGACGAUCUACGAAUUUGCUUGGGUGGGGUCUCGCAUGCAGAAAGAGCGACUGCCACGUUGCAGGACGACGCGUCGGGGGCAAGAGUGACCAAGGUGUGGACGAUUCACGUGUCCAGCUCCGACAAAACCAGCGCUCUAAACGUCAGCAAUGCAUUUGGGGAAACCGCGCUGCACUUGGCUGUCCAGCCCCGCGCGCACGGCUCGUUUGAAAACGUCGCUAUCGUGGACCUGCUCUUACAAGAAAACGUGAAGGUGAAUGCGCUGGACAAACGCAAGAAGUCGGCGUUAGAUUUGGCCAAGGAACAGCCCUCCGGUGUGUUGCUGCAGCGGCUGACCAACACUUCCGCCCCACCGAUCCGGUCUGCGACCCCAAUCACGUUUGCCGACGUGCCACCCGUCGACCACGAUGCGACUGUGUACUUGAAUCAGUGCCAGGCCCAGGGCUUGGUCCAAACGGUGCCCAUUCCACUGGCUAAGAGCAGCAUCUGCCAAGCUGGCCCGAAGGCCAGCGUGCAUGUUGACGGCGCCAUCGAGUACUCUGUCGUCCUCACCAAGGUGGACGUCCAGUCUGGGCAGCACGGCGUGAACGUCUUCUAUCGCAUGCAAGUCGUCCACAACGAAGUCCAAAACGUGUACGUGCUCUUUACCAACUGGGGGCGCGUAGGCGAGUCGGGCAAGUAUCAGCACACGCCGUUCAGUGACGCCGCGUCGGCGGUCGACGAAUUCAAGAAGAUCUUCAAGAGCAAGACAGGCAACGUGUUCGACCGAGUCGCGGUGCACGUUGACAAUGGUGGCGACGCUUUUGAGAAGAAGAACGGCAAGUAUAUGCUCAACCCACGCCGUCUCGAGCGGCACGUGUACGAUGCAAAGGUCACGGAGCCGUUCCACGGCCAAGCGUCCGCGGUGGCGUCUGCUCUCGAUGCUGGCGUCCAGCAAGUCUUGGGCGUCGUCACCGACAUUCGGUGUCUGGAAGAAGCCGCGUCUGCCUACAACCAUAGCCUGGACGACAUUCCGCUGGUCGAGCUGCAGCCUAGCCUCUUGGUCACGGCAUUGGAUCGUUUGAACGAGAUCAAGACGUCCUUGCACGAGAACGCUGCAGUGUUGAAGAAAAUGAAGUCCACCGACGCGCCAUUGGAGCCAACAGCGAUCGCCGCGUUGGCGGACACGUGGCGAGCCGCCAGCGAGGCCGUGGCCGAGAAAUCCAGUCGAUACUACGAACUCGUCCCGCGAAGUGACGCCUCGAGCGAUACGGCCCUCGCUGCGUUCAUGUCCGAGGACGACGUGAAUAAGGAAAUCACCCGAGUCCGGCAACUGCUCGAGAUUGCCGAAACGAGCAAGAUCAUUCUUGGCGCCAAGAGCGUCGCGACCAACCGGCACCCUCUCGACUACUGCUACGAUGCGCUUCAAGUGCACUUGGCUCCAUCGUCGACGGCCGAAUUCGACAUGAUUUCACGCUACUUUGAACGUGGUAUUCAUUCGAAGACCAAGGCGUACAAAGUCUCCCGUGCGUUUAAAGUUCACCGAAAAGGCGAGGCGGAGCGCAUGGAGUCGCUAACAGUGCCUGGACACCACACGUUGCUGUGGCACGGAACGAAAAAGACCAACUUGAUGGGGAUUCUGUCCCGCGGGCUGCGCAUCGCGCCCCCCGAAGCCCCCGUGACAGGAUAUGCGUUCGGCAAGGGCAUUUACUUUGCCGACGCGUCCGAAAAGAGUCUCAAGUAUUGCGGUGGCAACCCGUACACACUGUCGGACAAGCGAAAGGUCCACUACAUGCUCCUGUGCGACGUUGCGUUGGGCAACCUGCACAAGGUCGUCGAGUCGGAGUAUCGGGAAGCAGCGGCGGAUGGGACGCACAGCACGUUUGCCAUGGCCAAGUAUCAGCCGAAUCCAGCCGGCACGUUGGUGACGUCGAUGGGGGCGUAUCAAAUUCCCCUUGGCAAGCUGCAGCAGGUUGGUGUCGAGAUGUCGUACCCGUCUGCGUGGGCCAUCGGCAACGCGCCCGACGUUUCCGACAAGCUAGGCAACACGUCUUGGAAAUUUCAAGCCAACCAGCUUGAGAGAGAUGGUCAAGCGCUCUUGGACAAAGCGCUGGCAACCGGCCAGACGAAGAUCGCGUGGGAGAAAUCGUCCGAGGUGUCGUUGCGGCCGCUGCACAUUUUUGGCCUUCGGUGGGAGGUGCCGCAAAAGGCCGUCGUGGAAGUCGAGCGCAAGGAAUUUCACGUCAACGGCCGCGACCGUGCCGUGCACUGCAAAGUGACGAUCGAAUUGGGCAACAAAUCGACGUACUCGUACUCGGCACACAAGUACUUUGACGUGCUGGCGACCGAAGCGUUGCCCACGGGGUUCACGUUCCAGCCAGCCACGCCGGCGUUGUCCCACAACGAGUACAUCGUGUACAACGAGGCCCAAGUCCAGAUUGCGUACUUGGUCGAAGUCGAAGUAGUUGCCAGGUAAAGUGUGUUUGUUAUGGCGUUCGUCGCGACAUGAAUACAUCCGGGCUUGCUGGAAUUCUGGAUCC